UUCAUAAGACGCGUCUUCUUCGCUUCUCUAUUGAUUAGCCUACGGGGCUGCACCGUAUCUUUCUUCGGCAGCCCUUCAAUUAUCUUUCCAGCUACUUUUUCAUCUAUCGAACGUCCUCGCUUAUUAACUGUUACCUAACCAGACUCCCCGUUAACAGCUUUACAUAACGAAAUACCGGUUAGCGUGUAACAAAAUCCACGACAUUCUUUACAAAUUCAAUAUCGUCGAUUUAAAACGAGUCAGUUUCAAUUACGAUCGGAGGCACUUUCGAAAUUGGAUAAAAAUUUCUUGAAAGAUUAGAUAUAGGUACACCUAUUCGUUUAUUAAUCGUAAGCAAUUAGUACUCUUUUCUUUUGUGCUUCUUCUUCUUUUUCCCCCCUUUGGUCGUAACGUAAUCUAGAGUCGCGAGCAGGAGAAUGUACGUCUUGUAAAAAGAUAAGAGAUGUCGUUAGAAAGGAAAAUGACGAGUCUCGAUGUAAUUAUCUUUGCUUACUUCCUAUCCCCCCCCCCCCCCCCCGGCACGAUUUUCUCGCUCUUUAUCCGUUGUCUGCCAAGCUUUUAACGGUAAGCACAUCUUCUCUUGAAAUACGAGAGUUUGAAUUGGGUUUUCUUCCUACGACAUCCCUUUUCACAAGUAUUUAUGUACACUCAUCUAUAACGAAAAGCUUCGCAGCGCCGCGCGCAGGCGCUCUCUCGCUCUUUCAAAUUUAUAAAAUUCGUAGAAUUCGAGAAAUCGCAUUAUUGGCUGUACCUCCGUUGAACAUUGCAUAAUGCAAUCGGAUUAAGGUUAACCCUAUGGCCGAAUAUUGUGUGGUAAAGGCAAGAUAUAUCGUUCGUAUACCUAUAUCAAAGUUUGCCAGAAGGGGUUCGUUGAAUAAUGGAUUCUGAAGGCAAAACUUUUGAUAGAAAAAAAAGCAAAAAAAGAAAUUCGUUCGCAGUGGAGGGUGGCAGAAAACAUCGACAUGUCACACCUUUGCCCGUUAAAUAUCAAAAUGUCAAUGUCAGCGGUGACGUAACAAAAAUCGAGGUGAUGCUCGAGGAAGCACCAGACGAGGCCGUCCUUGCUGGAUCUAUACCCUCGGAAUUGGAUGCUGGGAUCGAAUUAAAUUCAACAUAUCCAGGAGUACCAGAAGCGGGUGCGGUCGUGGUCAGAGCCGAGGAAGCUCUGAUCGUCGUCCUAGUUCUCGUCCUUUGGGUCGCAGCGAUAGCGUUAUUUUUUAAUCGAUGGGGAAAGAUCAGAAUGUUGGAGCCCUAUCAGCCAAAGUUUCAGCAACAACACAGGCAAAGCUGCACUAUGGUCGACAUGAACGCGCUUACGCACCGUACUUACUCGAAAUUUAACAUCCACCGGCAGGAUCACCCGGUGCACCAGAGUAGCUGCGUACCCAGCACCACCACCGCCGAGUGCUGGAGACCGAGACAGAACAGCGUCUUCGUCGGUUCGAGCAGCGCGUCCCUUGUCGCGGUCAAUCAGGAAACACCGAGACGCGCCAAGAGCGCGUUCGAUCUGCAGUCUCUCGUUUUGGCGGAGUGUACCGUGAGGAAAAAUACCAUAGAGGACGAUCGCCCGGAGAACGAAGAACCGGGGGGAACGGUGAGGAGUUCGAAGGAACUAGCGAUGGCAUUAACGACGACAGCCGGAUCCCAGUUUACGGAAUCAUCGAAAGUGGGUCAACGUAGGACGAGCGUUUGUAAGUUGUUGGACAAGCCGUUGCAGCAACGCGAGAGGGGUAUGAGCGUGUGUCAGGUCGAUCGCGGGGAUUAUCAGAUUCUUCAAAGCAGAACGUCCCAGAGAGAUCGAGGUAUGAGUAUCUGUUACUUCGAUAGAACGGACGUUUUGGCGAGACCUCUUCAGAGGGAUCACCGGGGCUCCUCGAGUAUUUGCCACUUCGACAGAAUGGACGUGUUUGCGAGACCACCUUAUCCACGUGAUCGCGGUAGCAGCGUUUGUCAAUUCGACAGAAUGGACGUUUUGGCACGGCCGACUUCCUCCUAUCUCGGUAAGUCCCUCCUAAGAGAGAGACGCGUAAGCGUUUGCAACUUUCUCGAGAAGAACGAGGAGCCUGUGCUCCGAGCUACAGCUAACGUUCCUGCUAACGUCUCGCAAAGCUUCCAAUGGUACGGGCGUUCCAGCGUCGACAGCAACGUCGACAAAAUCGAGACUAUUCUUCGAUCGACUCCUUCCCCUUCUCCCGUCUCGAAGAAGAACGCUCGAGAUAACAAGGACGUUUCCCCUUUGAUUAUCGAACAUCAAGGGGGGGAUCACCUACCGUCCGAUCGUCGGGAUGACGAAGAGAACGGCAUUGCGUAUUAUUUCGAUCGACCGUCCUGCAGCAAAACGCCGGACGUUGUGCUCGGUUAUAAAGCGACUUGCGUUUGAAGGUACGCACCGUACUAGUCCUAGUCAUUCUCCUUCGUAUCCUCGAAGUUUCCUCGAAGAAUUCUUCGAAGCAGGCAACAUGGAACGAAUUAAAAACUAAUUCAUUAGAAAUUUUGAAUCGAACGAAAUCUCGAGCGAUCGAGUAACCUGUUAACGAAACGCGCGUCGGAAUCGCUUUAAUUACGCCGUUUUAUUAAUUCGUCUAUCGUCUGUGCGCACUGGCCCGCAAAUAUAUCUAUACCUCGUAUAGAUGGCCCGAUAACGAGAAAUGAAAAAAGAUCGCUUUGAAUGCGCGUUCCUAGGGGGACACAAUGAAAAAUACGAUACCUUAACAUUAUUUCUAUUCUUCGGUCAUAUCUUAUCUCAUGGUACGCGCGCAACAUUUGAACGAAUAUUUUUUGCGAGCCACUGCGUAGACAUUCGUUGUACAUAAGAUGGAGCAUUUAAAUAGGGUGGGGGUUGGGGGACCCGAGAUAUAGUGGUUAGAAAAAAGAUAUGAACUUUGAAGAAAACGAGGUUAUCUACUUCUACUAUAUAUCAAUUAUAUUAAGUAACUACCAUUUGAAUGUUCCUAUUUAAAUGUCUACCAUCCAUAGAUACACGUAGAUGUAAUUCCGAUGUUAACAAAGUCCAGCUUGGGAGUAGUCUCAUUGUCGAUCUAUUUUCAUAUGAACACGAUUGAGUCCGCUCCGAUUCGUUACGCGUAUCGGUUAACGCGUUCUAUUCAUCGAAACUCAGUUUGUAUUUCCUCAUGAACGGUGUAAUUUAAUCGAGAGUAAGCUUCGUUAAAUAAACGUUGUGUAUACAAGGAGCAAUCUAAAAAGAUAGAAAAGAAGUUACACGGUCAAGAGCUUCUCGUUGGACCAAUCAUGAAUCCUUUUCGUACGUGAACGAGAGGAUGUAACCAAACGAAACGUGAUAAAUUACAUGUAUUACAUUACAAUGAAAACAGAUGUCAAAUAUUUUUUAUUAAAAAUCUCUUUUUAAAAGUACAAUAAUAGCUUAGCCAAGAGGAAAGGGAAACGUUGUCAUUGGCUCGUAAAGCUUUAUCAACCGUUCGAUCGAUCUCUUUCUUAACAAGACCGGAUAAUGUUCUAUUUCAAAAUAGUACGAAAUAUUUAUGUCUUUCUAAAGGUUUUAAACGGAGACUCGAUCCAUAUUUUCAUCGAGUGCGUUAUCAAAACCAACGAGAGAAUGUUAUGUCGUUCGUUACAAUGCCAAAAGUGAAAGAUUACAAAGUUAUCGAAAGCAUAUGCAAUAUUUAAGCUCAAUAUUCGAAACGACAUUAAUUACGUUUACUUCGAAAGGCGGAUCUCUGACGUUAUUCGAAAAACGUAAAUAAAAGGGAAUCAAAAUGUACAUUUCGACAAGGAAAGAAAAGAAAAGA